AUGGAAGCUACCUUGGUGUCGAACCCGAAAGAUUCGAGUGCCACCAUCCUUUUGAUGGGGCUACGAAGGGGUGGCAAAUCAUCCAUUUGCAAGGUGGUGUUCCACAAUAUGCAACCGUUGGACACCCUCUACUUGGAGUCAACCCUGAAACCGACCACCGAACACUUUUCUUCACUUAUUGACUUGCUGGUGAUGGAAUUACCGGGGCAACUUAAUUACUUUGAGCCCACAUAUGACUCAGAACGCAUAUUCGCCCUGGUCGGGGCCUUGGUGUACGUGAUUGACUCGCAAGACGAAUACCUUAAUGCCUUGACCAACUUGUCCAUGAUCAUUGAAUACGCAUACAAGGUGAAUCCCGCCAUCAACAUCGAGGUCCUCAUCCACAAGGUUGAUGGUUUAUCGGAAGAGUACCGGAUUGAUGCCCAGCGCGACAUAAUGCAACGUACCGGCGACGAAUUGUUAGAGUUGGGUCUCGAAGGUGUCCAGGUUUCAUUCUACUUGACGUCUAUCUUUGACCACCUGAUUUACGAAGCGUUUCUGCGAAUCGUCCAAAAGCUCAUUCCCGAAUUGCCCCUGUUGGAAAACAUGUUGGAUCAAUUAGUUGUCCACUCGAGCAUCGAUAAGGUGUUCUUGUUUGAUGUCAAUUCGAAAAUUUACGUUGCUACUGAUUCAUCACCUGUGGAUAUACAAACAUACCAGAUUUGUGCGGAGUUUAUUGACGUCACCUGCGACUUGGAUGACUUGUACGUUGAAGACGACAAACAAGAGAUGCGAACACUUUUCGGGGAGGACAUCCGCAGUGUGUCCAGGUUAAACAAUGGGUGCAUUCUCUACUUAAAGCAAAUGAUUAGAGGGUUGGCGCUUGUGGCCCUUAUUCGUUCGGAUGAAAAGUCUGACAUUGACAAAUCCCUUGCCAUCAUAGAUUACAACGUCGGGUUAUUCAAACAAGCGUUAAUGAAGGUAUGGGCACACGCAAAAUUGCAGCCGGCCAAUCGUCCUGCUGUGGAAAACUAG